AUGCUGGUUGUUAAGGCAUACGAUACCAAGAAAGGUGCGAACGGCAGCAGCGCCUUGGAUGCUUCUCCUGCGUCCUCAUCAUAUUCCACAGACAGCGCUGCUGAUCUGAUGACGGUACUUGAAGAAAAGACAGCCAACAGGCGCAUAUUAUCUGCAUACGAAACACUCUCUAGAGAGGGAUUUACUGUAGAGCAGGUGGAGAAUGCGCUCUCGUCACUCGUCCCCUCCUCGCUUUCCCUGGAAGCAGCUUUUGAUUGGCUCUGCCUGCACUUGGCACCUCAGCAGCUGCCACGUCACUUCGCGUCUGCAGCUGCCACUGCCACGCUGGCACGAGGUGACGUGGAAGUGGUGCUGGCUGCUGCUGACGUGGAAGGGGAAGGACAGCGAGGAGGCGACGACGCAUGGGGAGGAGAUGGAGAUGAGGACGGGGGAAGGGGGGGACGGUCGUUAGCAGAAGAAGCUGAGAGAUUCAGGAAGAUGGAAGAAGAGAGGAAAGCGAAAGAGGAGGCAGAAGAGAAAGAGAGAGAGAAGGAGAGGAAGAAGAAGCAAGCGGAUUGGAUCAAACGGUAUGUGACUGAGUACGAGAGUGAGGAGGAGGAGAGUGAGGGUGAAGGGAAAGAGCAGGAGGGAGAGGACGGAGAGGAGGAGGAUGACUGGGAGAAGGUAGCGGAUAAGGGGGCUUCAGCUGGAUCGACAGCAGGAAACGACUUGCUUAAGGGGUCUCCUCUUUGGGAGGUUUGGGCUGAUGCAAGGGAGAGAAGACGCAGAAAGGAGCUCAGGAAAAAGGCCCCUGCAGAGCAGCGCGUGCAAUCCUUGGCGGCUGAUCUGGGGAGGGCCAAGGGCGAGGCGGCGAGGGCGAAAGGGUGCAUGGACAAGGGCAGGCAAGCAGAGGCAGGCCUGCUGAUCCGCGAGAUCAAGGAGGAAGCUGCAGCGUACGGUUAUUCUGAUUCGAUGCUCGAAGAGGCGAGCCACCAGCAGCAGCAGCAGAUUGGUCCAGGAGAGGAGGAGAACGAGGAAGAGGAGGGGGGUUUCGGGCUGUUUGGGGAAGAGGACGAGGAAGAGGAAGAGGAGGGGGCUGGUGGAGAGGGGAAAGUAGCGAGGGAAGGGAAAACAGCAGUUGGAGAAGGGGGAGGGGCAGGGGCAGUGGCAACAGGGAAGUCAGCAGAAAAGGAGGCAGAAGAGGAGGAUGUGGGAUUGGAUGGGAUGUCUCUCUUUGAUGACGAGAGUGACGGGGGAGGGGUAGGGGAAGGUGGAAGAGGCGCAGCAGCAGCAUUGCCUGAGUCUGUGUUGGCACUGCAGAGGAAGAGUGCGAGGGAGAGAGCAUGGCAGCAGCAGCAGCAGCAGAUGUUGGCGGGUGGCAGGGGGAAUGCAAAGGCAGGAGGGAAGGAUAAGAAGGGGAAGGAUGCUUCUGCUGCGGACAUGCAACGGCAGCCCAAGGCUCUGCUGCAGCAGCACUGCCUUAAAGCCCUCUGGCCCGCUCCCAAGUUCACGAAGCUUCCAGGAAGCAGCGGCGCAGGGAAGUUUAGCUACUCGGUGACUGUGGUACGGCAGGGGGGGAGGGGAGGAGGGGGUAAGGGAGGAGGAGCGGGAGGGGGGAAGGGAGGGGGAGUGGGGGUAGGGCCAAUCACGUUUCAGGUUUCCGCAGCAGAGGAUGGGUUUGAGAGUGUGUCAGAGGCUCAAAACGCAGUGGCGCUUCUGGCAAUGCACGCCCUGCUGCCCCACAUGCCUCUGCACCAUCAGCUUGUCUCCCCUUACCGAGAGCAGUGGCUGGAACUGGCAGAGAAAGCAGAUGCUGCAGAGACGAGCAGCAGCAGCGCAGCCGCAGCAGCAGAGGCAGCAGCGAGGCACCAAGUCAAGUUCGCUGCAGCACUCGUGGAUAAAGAGAUUAGGGCCAGGGAGACUGCUGCUGCUGCUGCUGGUACUGCUGCUGGUGUGGCUGGUGGUUCUUCUGCUGCUGAUGAUGUAGAGGAGAGUGCACCCAGAGGUGCUGAAGAUGGGAAUGCGACGGGAGGAGGGCAGAAGAAGCAGAAAAUUCCUUUCCUUGGGCAAGAUGAAGGCCCCACUGUGGUGCGCAGGAGGGAGGCUCAGAGCCGGGAGCUGCAGCAGCGGUGGCGCCAGUGGCAGGCCUUGGCAGUUGGAGGAGCAAGAGGGGCAGGAGGGGCAGGAGGAACAGGAGGAACAGGAGGAACCAACAGAGAGGCAAUGGAGGCGAGUGAGAGGAGGGCGAUGCAGGAGAUGAAGAGGAAGCGAGGAGAGCUACCGAUGGCAGCAGUGAGGGAGGAGGUGGUGCAGGCGCUGAGGGAGGGAGAUGUGGUGGUGGUGAGCGGGGAGACCGGGUCGGGCAAGACCACCCAGGUGCCCCAGUAUAUCUUUGAGGAUGCGGAAGCUUCCGGGAAGGCGGGGUUCUGCAAUAUCGUGUGCACGCAGCCUCGACGAAUUGCUGCCAUAUCGGUGGCAGAGCGAGUGGCAGCAGAGCGGUGCGAGCCGCCUGUUGGGAGUGGCAGCAGGGGAGGAGGUCCUGCAGGCGUGGUUGGUUACCAUGUGCGGCUGGACGCUGUCAAAACUUGGUACACGCGCAUUCUCUUCUGCACCACGGGAAUCUUAUUGAGGCGACUGGUGGGCGACCCUCUGCUGUCAGACGUGACGCACGUGGUGGUGGACGAGGUGCAUGAGCGCUCCAUCCAGGGGGACUUCCUCCUCGUCAUUCUCAGAGACCUGCUGGCCCGCCGCCAGCAGAUGAGACGGGAGAUGCCGCACCUCCCUGCGUUCAAGCUUGUGCUCAUGUCAGCCACUCUGGACGCGUCUCUCUUCGCCUCUUACUUCACUGGCUGCCCGGUCAUUCAAGCCCAGGGCCGCACGUUUCCUGUGGAGAUGAAGUAUCUCGAGGACGUGUAUGAGAGCACGGGCUACAAGCUCUCUUCCGACUCUCCAGCUGCUCUCAGAUCGGAAUCCCAUCAGUCCCGAGCCAAGGGCUCCAAGGCAGCAGCGGGAGGCGGUAGCAAGACCAAGCAGAAACUGCUGAAGGCAGGAUGGGGCGAUGAUGCUUCCCUGCAGGCUGAAACACGGCGGGUGGACGAGGGAACGAUAGACUACGAGCUACUGGAGGACGUGGUUGCUCACAUCGACGCCACAUGCAGCCCAGGAGCCAUCCUCGUCUUUCUGCCUGGCAUGGGCGAGAUCCAGUACCUGUGGGACAGGCUGGCAGCCUCGAGGCAGUUUGGGGCGCCGGGGAAGGUGGAGUGGCUGCUGCCGCUGCACUCGUCUGUCUCUGCUGCUGAGCAGCGGCAAGCGUUUAACAGCCCUCCCAGUGGCGUGCGCAAGGUUGUACUGGCGACCAACAUAGCGGAAACGAGCAUCACCAUUGACGAUGUGGUGUAUGUGGUGGACGUGGGCAAGCAGAAGGAGACGCAGUUCGAUGCCAGGAGGGGCAUGACCAGUCUGGUGGAAGCAUGGGUGGCCAAGGCCAACGUGAGGCAGAGGGCGGGCAGGGCGGGGCGAGUGCAGGCAGGCCGGUACUUUGCCCUCUUCACCCGCCACCGCUUUGAAACCAUCAUGCGGCCCUUCCAGCAACCGGAGAUCCAGCGAGUGCCUCUGGUGGAGCUGUGCCUGCAGAUCAAGUUGCUGGACCUGGGCACGCCUGCACAAUUCCUCAGCAAGGCCAUAGAGCCGCCAAAGGAGGAGGCGGUGAGGAGUGCAAUGAAGACUCUGAGGGAGGUGGGGGCGGUGGACGAGAGGGAGGAUCUCACAGCGCUUGGUACACACCUGGCUGCCCUGCCUGUCGACGUGCGAAUAGGCAAGAUGAUGAUCUACGGCGCAGUCAUGGGGUGUCUCAGCACGGCGCUCACCAUUGCUGCCUGCCUCAGUUACCGCUCCCCCUUCUCCUCCUCGUUCCGCGAUCGCAAAGCAGCUGCCAGGGCAAGGCAAGCACUCGUGGCCAAAGCUCGAGAGGCCAACCCCGAUGCAAGCUCACAGGAAGCAGCAGGAGGCAGGCAGGGAGAGAAGGGGAGCUGGGAUGAUGGCGAUAGUGAGGAUGAGGAGGAGGAGGAUGAAGGGGGCUGGGAGUCAAAGGUAGAAACAGAGACUGCAGGGGGGAAGGGAGAGGGAGGAGCAGGUGCGAGUGGGGACGACAGGGCAUGGAACAUGGCACGGGGGCAGCAGUCCGACCAUCUCGCGAUGGCCUCAGCCUUCAACGGCUGGGUGCUGGCUCUUCAGAGGGGCAGCAGGGCAGCGAGGGAGUUCUGUCAGAAACAUCACCUCAGCAUUCCUGCUCUGCUCAUGCUGCGAGACAUGAGGGUGCAGUUUGCUCGCCUGCUCAUGGACAUCGGCUUCCUGAGGCAGCCCAGCAAGGCACCUGGGUCCGGUGGCGCCCCUGUGAGCAGGGGACUUGAUUGGCUGGAUGAGUCCACCCAGCCCUGGAACCGAUGCUCUAUGAGUGCUCCUGCUGUUAAGCACCCUUUCCUUCUCAUUUCUUCACCUGCACCCCGUCCUUCUCCACCCACCUUUCUUCCUUAG